ACAGCCUCUCAAAAGCUGUUAAUAACAUAAAUGCUCUAGCAUUCAACACAUUUGCAACAUCAAAACACUGUACUACAAGGGUACAAGCGCUUGAAGCAGCUCAAUCUUGGAAGGUACAAUGCUGGGAAGCAGCUGCAUUGUGGCUGUGUUGGUUUUGGGCUGGUUUUGUGAGGUGGGCUCGGCAAUGGCUAACCACACUCUCCAUGGACAGCACCCAAGCCCUGAGCUUGUGGCUCAGCAUGUUCUCAGGCAAGCUGACGCCUCGAUGUCGAGGCGUCGGUCGAUGCUCUCCGACCCCUCCUCCUCCUGCCUCACCGGCAACCCCAUCGACGACUGCUGGCGCUGUGACCCGAACUGGCAGCUCGACCGCCAGCGCCUCGCCGACUGCGCAAUCGGCUUCGGCCAGUACGCGCUCGGCGGCAAAGGCGGCCGCUACUACGUCGUGACCGACUCCUCCGACCUCGACGCCGUCAACCCCAAACCGGGCACCCUCCGCCACGCGGUCAUCCAGUCGGAGCCCCUCUGGAUCGUCUUCGCCGCCAACAUGCUCAUCCAACUCAAGGAGGAGCUCAUCCUCAACUCCUACAAGACCAUCGACGGCCGCGGGGCCCACGUCCACAUUACCGGCGGCGGCUGCAUCACCGUGCAAUACGUGAGCAACGUCAUCAUCCACAACGUGCACGUCCACCAUUGCUACUCGACGGGCGACACGAACGUCCGGUCGAGCCCCACGCACUUCGGCUAUCGGUCGAAGUCGGACGGCGACGGGAUCUCCGUGUUCGGGUCGCGAGACGUGUGGAUCGACCACUGCACGCUCUCGCACUGCAAGGACGGGCUAGUCGACAUCGUGAUGGGGUCCACGGGGAUCACGGUUUCCAACAACUUGUUCUCGCACCACAACGAGGUGAUGCUACUCGGGCAUAGCGACGACUACUUGCCGGAUUCCGGCAUGCAAGUCACCAUCGCUUUCAACCAUUUCGGAAAGAAGUUGAUACAGAGGAUGCCGAGGUGUAGGAGGGGUUACAUACACGUCGUCAACAACGAUUUUACGCAGUGGGAAAUGUACGCGAUCGGAGGAAGCGGAAAUCCGACCAUUAAUAGCCAGGGGAAUCGCUACAUUGCGCCGUACGACCGAAACGCGAAGGAGGUGACGAAGAGGGUCGAAACAUCGGAGGACCAAUGGAGGGAUUGGAAUUGGAGGAGCGAAGGCGAUGUGAUGGUUAAUGGAGCCUACUUUGUGGCUUCUGGUCAAGGUGUUGAGGUCAAGUACGAAAAGGCUUAUAGCGUCGAGCCCAAAUCCGCCGCGUAUAUUGACCAAAUUACCCUCAAUGCCGGCGUUCUCGGCAGCAGGGGUAAGAAUAUGGGAAAAUGGACAUCGGGAAGUAACGGGUCGGGUGGGAUUUCGGGUGUGGAUUCGGGCAUAUUCGACGACUAUGAAGACGAUUAUGCCGGGAGUUGGAGGAUCUGCUCUCAUGAUUCGACUUUCUUGACUUUCCUAACAGUAGCCUCAUUGUUGUUUUUGUUGAAGCUGUGAGUUGGGACAUGUUAUCAGAAAAUUGUGUUUUAAUGUCCUUAAUGUAGCUUGUUUAACUUUGGUCAGUUUUUACAUCAGGAAAAAGAUUGAUGUAACUGGAUUUUUGAUUAAUUUCAGGCGGAGGAAAAAAAAAAAAGGAAGUAUUUCGGGUCAGGCUAAACAAUUGGCCCAUUGGGUGCCCUUUUGAAGCUAAGUCUUUGGGUACUUUCUCUUGUUUUUUAGUUCAGAAAAGGGUUUCAAUCAUGUGGAGCAUUUCAAUUUACUGGUGAUUAUAGUUUUUAUCAUAGAUCAACACACGCCGUUAUGUGUAUGUUUGUUGAACCAACGGUAAAAAAUUCAGUGACUGCAAUGCAGUUGCUGGUAAAAUCGUUUUUAACUAUUUUUCAAUUCUAACUUUUCAACCUUUU